AUGGCCACUCUCAAAUCUCUCAAGUCUGCUCUUGUGCACAAAGCCACAGCAACGGAAUCAUCCCUGAAGCAGCCAUUGUCAGACACACAAUACAGCGCUGGCUUCGAUAUCUUGCUGCAAGGGUUAGGAUGGAUAACAUACCAAGACUUCAUUAUUCCUCAACUAUCUCAGCUGCUAGCCCCUCUCUUCGACUCGCGUACCCAUAUAUCAGUGCUGGAAAUUGGACCUGGCCCAAAAAGCGUACUCGGAUAUUUGCCCGGUCGUCUGAGACGGAAGGUCAAAAGAUACGUUGCAUUUGAGCCUAACAGCCUAUUUGCUACAAGGGUGGAAGAAUUUCUUUGCACUACCUCUGAGACAGACUCCCCGCUGCCCUGUCUCGAAAGCCCGCCUGACAUCCAUCGAAUCCCAUUCGCUCUGAACAGAAAGACAGAGAACGGUACUGGUACCGGUACGCGUGAAAGUGAAGAAAAAUUUGACUUCAUACUAUCCUGUCACAGCAUGUAUGGCAUGAAGCCCAAAGCCAAGUUCAUUGAACGGGCGCUGGAAAUGCUUGUUGAGCGGCCCGAAGGCGGAAUGGUGGUGGUUUUCCAUCGCAAGGGGACUCUACAAUUCGAUGGAUUAGUGUGCCAUCGAACGGCUUCUUUCCCUACCGGAGCCAUUAGCAUAGCAAAUAACGAUGAGGUAUUGGACUGUUUUGCUCCUUUCUUGGCAGGGUUUGUCAUGCAGGGUGUGGAGGCGGACAAGGCUAUUCGAGUCGAAUGGCGUAAGGUGUGCCGCGCCUUGAGCCGUCGCGAGAAAGCCCAUCCAGACCACCUCUUGUUCAGCUCGCCAAAUGUUAUGGCGGCCUUCACCCAACAUGCGACUACAUUGCCGGAGCUGACGGCACAGGUGCCAUUGUCGAUGGGGAACAAGGUGGUUAAAAACCGUGAGGCUCGCCUUCACCAUCCCGCCUCAAUUUUUAGGCCGACAGAAGUCCAACACGUUCAACAGUGCGUUCAAUGGGCUCUGAAGCAUGGGGUCAGCUUGACAGUCAUUGGUGGAGGUCACAGCGGCCACUGUCUGUGGUCCAACGUCGUUUCGGUUGACAUGGCCGCAUUUGACAAAGUGCACAUUCUUGCGGCCGGGGAUAGCGGAGGAAAAUCCGGUUCCAAAUCCGUUUCCUUGAUCGUUGCCGAGGCCGGCUGCAAAACGGGGGAUAUUAUCCGUAAGACCAUGGAAGCAGGCAUGACAGUGCCCUUGGGGUCCCGCCCAAGCGUGGGCGCGGGGCUGUGGCUACAAGGUGGCAUCGGGCACUUGGCUAGGAUGUACGGGCUCGCGUGCGAUGCCAUCGUUGGUGCUGUGGUGGUUAGCGUCAACUCUAGUGAGGCCCUCUGCAUUGGCUAUGUACCAAGCCAACACUGGCCGGCCGGUGCUGUGCGCCUAGAAAACGAAAGUGAUAUGUUAUGGGCCAUAAAAGGGGCCGGGACUAACAUUGGCAUUGUAGUCAGCGUGACUUUCAAGGCUUAUGUGGCUCCGACCUGCUUGACUCGAAAUUGGGUUGUUCCGCUAAGUAACAACCAUGAGGCGCGGCUCAAGCUUAGUGAUUUUGAUAACUUUAUCGCCAGGAAGCUUCCUCGCAACUGUUCUGCAGACGCAUAUCUUUACUGGGACAUAGGCCAGUUGCAUCUCGGAGUGACUAUGUUCGAAUCUUCUACAGCUAGGCUCACAUCUGAAACACCCACGCCCACGCCCGGGCCUGUUGACACGGUUUUGGGACAGAAAAACAAUUUCAAGGUUGUGGACGGCGUUGGUUUGUUUGAGGCUGAGAUGUACAUAUCCGGGAUGCACAGCGGACAUGGCGAGGGCAGGACGUCCUCAUUCAAGAGAUGUCUAUUCUUAAAACAUAUCGGAGCAUUGAACAUCGCCGACAUCUUGGUGGCGGCCGUUGAGACUCGUCCCUCGCCACUCUCCUAUCUUCAUUUGCUGCAAGGUGGUGGGGCGGUCGGCGAUGUGGCGGCUGAUGCCACUGCUUUCGGCUGUCGAGACUGGGACUUUGCCUGUGUGAUAACUGGUGUCUGGCCCCGCGACCAGGAUGGAACCGAAGUCGCUCAAGCUGCCGUGCAGUGGGUAUACAAUGUUGCCAGGAACUUGUUGCCCCUGAGCAGCGGAGUUUAUAGUGCAGACCUCGGGCCGGACCCCAGAGACGCCGCGCUGGCGACCAAGGCUUUUGGACUGAACUGGCCGCGCCUGGCUCAUCUCAAGCACAGCUCGGACUCGCACAAUGUGCUGGCUUACGCCUGCCCGCUCCCAAAACCGCAAAUUGAACAGAGGCUUAUCAUUCUUAUCACAGGUGAAAACUGUGCCGGUAAGGACUUUUGUGCCGACAUCUGGGUCUCUGUAUUCCUCACAUGCGCCCGCAAAAGCCUCAGGGCACGGGCAGUCAGCAUCAGUGAUGCAACCAAGAGAGAAUACGCGGCAGCUACUGGUGCCGACCUGGACCGCCUGCUUCGGGACCGUGCCUACAAGGAGCAACACCGGCCAGAGUUGACAGCGUUCUUCCAGCAUCAAGUGCAGCAUCGACCUCGGCUGCCAGAAGAGCAUUUUCUAGAGGUGGUGCGAGGUGCUGAAGAUGUGGAUGUGCUGCUAAUCACUGGGGUGAGAGAUGAGGCGCCGGUCGCAGCGUUGUCGCAUUUAGUACCGCACAGCAGACUGCUUGAGGUUCGCAUCAAAGCUAACAAACAGUCACGGCGUGCUCGCCAAGGUUGUGACAGUGGUGAUUAUGAUGGUGACGACAAUGGGGACAACAACAGUGGCGGAUCAAAACUGACGGCCUUGGAAUACCGCCCCAGUUUCAUCUUUGAUAAUGACACAAUCGGAAACGAGGCGGCAAAAAGGUUUGCCGAACGCUAUCUGCUUCCCUUCUUCCACAAGGACCUCCAGCGACUGGCCGAUAUGGUGCACCCAGUACCUGGCUUUCCACGCCCGGGCAUCGAGUUCCGCCAUGUGCUGAACAUCUCCCAGCAGCUGGGUGGGCUGGCCCUGUGCACAUCUCUGCUGCAGACUCACUUCACCGGUGACUGGGCAAAAGUCGACGUGGUAGCGUGCUGUGAGGCAGGUGGCUUUGUCUAUGCGUCGGCGUUGGCCUCGCGGAUCAAUAUUCCCUUGGCGCUAAUUCGCGAAGCUGGCAAACUCCCACCACCCACUGUUUCGGUCCUCAAGUCUACAUCACAUAUAUCGUCUUCAACAUCCGACAAUUCAAAAGAGACGAUUGAGAUGGGCCGGGAUCUGAUCCCCAGAGGCGCCUCAGUGGUGAUGGUUGAUGAUGUGCUUGCCACGGGGAAGACACUUUGUGCGGUGCUACAGCUUUUAGAUAAAGCUGGCAUCGGUGCUGAGAAUGUCAGCGUCAUGGUCGUGGCCGAGUUCCCUGUUCACCGUGGCCGGGAACUGUUGCGCCAGCGUGGGUUCGGCGGAGUCAAUGUUCAAAGCCUUCUGGUCUUCGGUGGUGCUUAG